ACACUCGCUGAUACACGUGCACUUCGGAAUAGUGUUACACCUACACGAGUGAACAAACGUGAAUCGUAACCUGAAAACGAAGCUUAUAACAUACAAUUAAAGUUAAAUAAUAAUUUAAUAUCAACAGUGAUCCAUAAAAUUUUAUUAAAAUUAUAUUUCAUUAGAAUUAUUAUUCGGUUCAAGUUCGCCGACCGCUGUUCACGCUCAUCGACUUGUUCACGUUCUUAUGUUUGUGAAGGGUAACGAAUACAGACUUCGUAUUUUACAUAAUCUAUAAGCGUAUAAAUGUUUAAUAUGUUUUGACACGAAAUCAAAUUUUAGGUUGUGUAUUGACCAACGUGUAUGCACAAAAAUUCGUGUGUUAAACAUAACCUCAAAUGAACGCGUGGUUGUUUGGACCAAAUGUGUUGAGCACUUUGUUUAUGCUACUUUUUAAUAUUUUAAUUACAGGCCGGUGCUACGGAAUAAAGUUUAAACAUAAUAUAUAAAAUUGUGUCAUGGAAACAGAAUUUUUAAAUUUUCAUGAUGAGGGUCACUUUUCAGAUUUCUCAUUAUCUUUGGAACAGAAUUUAGUGGAAAAACCUCAGGACUUGCUAAUGCACAUGGUUGAAAAUGAUUUUGAUUACAUGGAAACACAUCUUGACAUUACAAAUUCUGAUGGCUUAUGGAAUAAUCAACAUGAAUGCAAUGACAGUGCAGGUGAAACAUCUAUCUGUAAACUUGAUAGCAUCAAGGAAGACUUUGCAAAAGUCCUUACAGAUUGGCAGGAACAUAUUGGUUACUUACAGACCUCGGAUAUGGAUGAAUAUAUGGAUAUUAUAGGAUUCAAUAUCAAUGCUACAGAUAAGAAAAAUUUCUGUACUUCAGAAAAUGUACUUCAAGAUGAGUUAAUACAUAGUAUAGAAUCUGAUUUUCUUGUGAUGAAAGAAGAGGACUUUGAAAAAGAAUCGCUUCAAUCUUCUCACAGUAUAUUGGAUGUUGAAAACAGUGACUUUACAGAGAGUGAUAAUAAGAAACCAGAGGUAGAAACUGAAUCAUUAUUAAAGGAACCUAAAUAUUUAAAAAGUCAGAAUAAGGUAAAAAAGAAUGCAGCUAAAUAUAAGAAUGUAGGAAUUGACAUUAAUACAACACAAAAGAAGAAAAGGAAAGAGAAACAAUUACAGUACAAUAAAGAUACACAUAAUAGUAAUGGGAAAAGUGAAAAAUCUCGUGUAAAUCAAUUGCCGGUUUUGCAAGCUGGUGAUGUUAAAAGUUUACUAGAACAAUUUGAAGCUUCUGAAAAUACGCUUUACCCGUCAUCCAGCGCUAAUGCAGAAUGUGACCAAGAGGUGAUACAGGCAAAAUCUAAGGAAACUCAACAGUAUACAAAACAGUCGCCAUCUUUCACUACGAAGAAGUCAUUGUCACGAAUGUCGAAUUUGCAUAAAAAUAUCAGGAAUGCUCUACCUAAAGAAAUGGUCGAAAAAAUAAAGACAUCUGCACAUAAAAAAGGGAUUUCAAUAAUAUCAACAAUACCUAAUGCACAAAGUAAUGGUCGCAGCAAUGGCACACGUAUGCAAGAUGCUGCUGUGACUCUUUUUCGAAACAAGCUUUUAAAAGUAGUGACAAAUGACACUAAAAGUAAAUCUAUUAAUGGUGGAUUAAUCCAGCUGGAUCAUGAUUAUUGCAGUACAAAUUCCUCCAUUAGUAGUUCAGAUAAUAACAAGUACGAGAAACAAUCAUUUUCUUCGCAUUUGAAUAAAAAUGUGACAAAAAGUAAAGAGUGUUUAACUGAAAACAGUUUGAAGAAAGAUAGUGGUUUGGAAUCAGGUGAAGUAAGUGACAAUAGUGAAGAACAAUCAAUGGUUACAGUAGUUAAUGGUGUCCAAAGUAAUGAAUCUACAAAACAGCUACCAAAUAAAGUAAAAGACUGUCAGAAAGAAACAUUACCAAAACAAGGGAAUUAUCAGCAACACAGUGAUAUUUCAACUAACACAUCAAAUUUUGUUGUUAAUAAAGUUCAAAGUAAAUCUGCAAAUAUUCCAAAACAUGAAAUGAAAAUUCAGUCAGCUCUAGCAACAAGUAUUUUGCAAUUACAACAAGGUGUCUUAAACAAAACGGAAUCUUUAACAACGGGUAAUCAGAGAGUAAAACAAAUGGUUUCUGUGUUAAAAAGGCCAUUAAAUGUUCAGCAGUCACCAGUCUUAACAACUACUCCUAACGAAAGUGUUGUAACUACCACAAAUAGCUUAAAUAAUGAAGUACAAAAUAUUAUUGUUCAAACCAAUGAGAACACAUUUGUACAAGAGAAUAACAAGAAACCACCCCGCAAAAAAUUAAAUCUGGCAGAAUACAGAAGUAGAAGAGAACAGAAUCGUAGCGAUAAUAGUAGAACAAAUUCACCAGUGUCGCCUAUGACAUUAGUAUAUAUUCAUCAUGCUUCUACCACAACAGAACCUAUUAAAGAUGAUCCCGACAACUUGAUCUGGUCAGAAAGAGAAAUUGUAUCGCUUUUGAAACCAAAAGCGGAAGUAGACGAAAAAAAAGUUCUUCCAAAACCACCCACUUGUGAUGUAGGAAUUCAAACUUACGAAACAGUAUUUGAAUUUCCUCGGAAUUCUGUAAUUGCUAUUGAUGAAAGGGAAAUGCCAACGCGAGAUAAAACUCCACAACCUUGUAAGAAGCAGAGAAUUAGCUCUAGCUCAAGCCGAUCUAGAUCAAGAAGUAAUAGUAAAAGCAAAAGUAGAAGUAGAAGCAGAAGUAGCAGUAAUCGAAGUAGAUCUUACAAACGUAAUAAUACACGUCAUCGAAGGAUAAGUCAUCGUCGUAGCUCAGUUAGUUCAAGCAGUAGUUGGUCAUCACGUUCACGUUCACGUUCACGAUCACGUUCACGCUCACGUUCAAACACAAGAUCUUCUCUCAGCUCAGAGUCAAGGUACUCACGGUCACGUUCUAGAUUGUCUAGAUCAAGAUCUCGAUCAUCAUCCCGAUAUUCUAGUUGUUCUAGGUCCUCGUCUCGUUCGAAUUUCGGGAGAAAUAGAUGGUCAAGAAGGAAAAGACGACAAAGUAAAAAGUAUCAUAGAAGUUAUGACAGGGAUAGCCAACAUUCGUCAAGCAGCUAUCGCGAUUAUGGAGAUUGGAGAAGUAGGUCAUCAUCAAGCUCUUAUCGAAGACCAUAUGAUACUUGGUACGAUCGAGAAAAGCAAAGACAAGUAGAAGAGAGAAGAGUAAUUUACGUUGGACGUUUGGAUGAAGGAAUCACUAAAGCCGAUUUGCGUAGAAGAUUUGAAGUUUUUGGUCCUGUAGUAGAUAUUAGCGUACAUUUCCGUGAACACGGUGAUAAUUAUGGCUUUGUAACAUUUGCUUACAAAAAUGAUGCAUAUGAAGCUGUAGAACAUGGUAACGAUAAUCCAAGUUUACCUAGAUACGAUUUAUGUUUCGGGGGUCGUAGAGCAUUUUGUAAAGUAAAAUACGCUGAUCUUGAUGGCAUGGCCAGCGAUUCAUUUAGCAAUGAACUACAAGGUAAUGAAGACAACACAUUCGACCUGUUACUAAAAGAAGCAAAAGCAAAAUUACGUAAAAGGAAAGUUUGACAUAUGUACUACUUAUUAGUUAUAAAGGUAAUUUAAUAAAAUUAAUGUAUAUGUCGCA